AUGUGUGGCUGCAGGACCAGCGUUCCCAGCACAAAACAGUACUCGGUCAAUCAGCCAGCUCCCGAUUCCACCAAGAAAAGCCCUUUGGCUGCAGCAGAGAUGCCCAGGCGCACACCUAUAGCCAAGCAGCUGGCAUCAGUAAAAGCUCUAGGCAAAGGCUCAGACCUUGAAAAAGCUUUUGCUACUGUGGCUUUGGUGUAUAACAACGCUGCUGACGCCGAGGGCAAGCUCAGCAAAACUGAAACCAAAAGCCUGCUGCAAACCCAGUUUGGGGGUUUCAUACAGGGCCAAGAAAACAAACCAAAAUACCAGGAAAUCAUUUCUGCCCUGGAUGAGGAGUCAGAAAACAAAAUUGAUUUUGAAGAUUUCAUGGUCUUGUUAGUGAGUCUGACUCUAAUGUCUGACCUGCUGCAGGAGAUCAGAAAUGCGAAAACCACAAAGUGA